AUGGCUGAACCAGAAGAACUUGAGGAAGAUCUCUUCGCAGACCUUUAUGACGCUGAUGAAUCAACCAAGCGUACAACUUCCGCGGUCGAACCACCCAAGUCGGUUGAGCCACCUUCUGAAGUCCCUGCACAGCAGUCUUAUGAAGAAUCGGCACCCCAGAGCUACGACUAUUCCACAAAUGAUACAUACACUGCAAAUGCUGCACCCCAAGUGGCCUACGGCUCAAGCUACCAGAAUGGACCAGAGUCUGUUUCCACUCCCGCAGACAACGAGCCUCAAGGAACCGGGAUCAAGGAAGAUGGGUGA